GCUCCAGCUCUGGUAGUUAUCACAGCAGCUCCCAGGCAGCACCAGAGCGAUGGUCUCAGACUCGGCAGCAGCAGCUCAUGUCUGCUCGGAGGGAGACCUUCCUGGGUGUCACCUUCAGCGGAGCGCCGGCUGCAGCGAAUCCAAGUCGAGGACCUGAGGCCAGGAUGGACAAGGAGGCGUGUCCUAAAAAGCUGGGAUCUACCAAUCACCUGCGGCUGCUCCUCUACAUCCUGAUCGCCACCGUGAGCCUGCUGGGGGCGCUGUUGCUUGGCCUGGCCUUCACAGGAAUAUUUGGGAGCAACCUCCUGGACUCCAGGCCCCUCCCCUCCCAAGAGCCUAUUGCUGACAACAACCAUGGUCACCAUAGCAACAGCACAAACAGCCCCUCCUUCUCUUCUUCCAAGUUUGAGGCUGAAAACGUCACGUCUUCUGUGCGGAACCAGGUCAGAGGGGUCACCUACCACAGCCAAAGCACACUGGCCUUCACUGAAGAUCCUCCAGCUUCCUCUUCCUCUCGAGAGGCUUCACCUACCCAGCUACCCACGAAGCUUCCUGAUUGGCUGGCCUCAGUGACAUCACUGAGCACCUCCUGGCCGAUGAGAAGCACCACCUCAGCACCUGACACAGGUCGGUGUCAGCUGAUCGUGGAGCCUCAGUGCCACAUGUUGCCCUACAAUCAGACGUGGCUGUUCUCCUCCGUCGCCGUGGUGAAGAGCUCAGAGGUCGACAUGUUGCUAAGGUUCUUCAGCUACCUCAGCAGACUGUCCUGCUACAGACACAUCAUGCUGUUUGGCUGCUCGCUGGCGCUGCCCGAGUGUUUGGAGGCUGACGGGACAAACAGCAGGAGGGUUCUGCUGCCCUGCGCUUCGUUCUGUGAGGCGGCGAGGGAAGGCUGCGAACCCGUCCUGCAGAUGUUUAACGCCUCCUGGCCCGACUUCCUGCGAUGCUCGCAGUUUAGCAAAAACAUCUCCACUUUAUCUACGCCCGCGUCACCUUCAUCACCAUCAUCACUGUCGACAUCAUCGCCCCUGGCAACCACAGGCCUCACGCCUCCUGCGUGUUUCACCCCACGUCAGAUCAAAGGGAAACCCUCUGUGUGCGGUGGGAAGGACAACUUCCUCUGUGCGACAGGGAUUUGUGUCCCUCAGAAACUGGUGUGCAACGGCUACAACGACUGUGACGACUGGAGCGAUGAGACACACUGUGAAUGUCCUGAAGAAGAGUUUCGGUGUAACACCGGCCGCUGUCUGUCUCCUGCUCUGGUCUGUGAUGGUUACGACGACUGUGGAGAUCUGAGCGAUGAACUCAACUGUGUGUGUAACCUGUCCCGGGAGCAUCGCUGUGGCGACGGCCGCUGUGUCUCCAAGGACUGGCUCUGUGACGGAGACCACGACUGUCUGGACAAAAGUGACGAGCUCAACUGCUCCUGCAGGAGCCAGGGCCUGCUGGAGUGCAGGAACGGUCAGUGUAUUCCCUCGGCCUUCCGCUGCGACGGAGAGGACGACUGCAAAGACGGCAGCGAUGAAGAACACUGCAGCCGAGAGCAGAGCCGAGGUGGCUGUGUUCCCGGUCAGCCCGGCUGUGUUUCCUCUCCCUGCCACCCAGCCUGUGGAGCUGGGAGCGCCGCCUGUGACCCCAGAACCAACAACUGCUCUCGCUGUGAGCCCAUCACCCUGGAGCUGUGCAUGAACCUCCCCUACAACCUGACCAGUUACCCCAACUACCUGGGCCACCUGUCCCAGAGAGAGACCUCUGUGUCCUGGGAGUCCUCCCUGUUCCCGGCGCUGGUCCAGACCGGCUGCUACCAGUACCUCAUGUUCUACGCCUGCACGCUGCUGGUUCCAAAAUGUGACCCGGUCAGCCUGCAGAGGGUCCCACCCUGCAGGUCGCUGUGCCGUAAUGCGAAGGAGAAAUGUGAGUCGGUGCUCGGUAUCGUGGGCCUGCAGUGGCCCGAAGACUCCGACUGCAGUCAGUUUCCAGAGGACGGAGGAAACAGCACCUGUCUGCUGCCGGAGGACGGAGUCGAUGAGUGCUCCCCUAGCCACUUCAAGUGUCGGUCCGGUCGUUGCGUCCUGGCAAACAAACGUUGUGACGGACACCUGGACUGCGACGACCACAGCGACGAAGACAACUGUGGCUGUUCUGAGCGCGCUCUGUGGGAGUGUCCCGGCAGUAAAGUCUGCAUUAAACCCACCAUGAUCUGCGAUGGGUUCCCAGACUGCCCCCUGCAGGUGGACGAGGCCAACUGCUCGGUUUGCAGGGACAAUGAGUUGGCCUGCAACAACCACCAGUGUGUGCAUCGGACCCUGUGGUGUGACGGGAAGAAGCACUGCUCCGACAGCUCUGAUGAGUGGAGCUGUGUCUCUCUGUCCGAUCAGUCCGGUUCUGUUCUGACCGUGUUUAGGACAGCAGCAGAGUAUCAGGUCUGUGCAGACGAGUGGAACCACGACCUGAGCAAACUGACCUGCAACCAGCUGGGACUAGGGGUUCCCUCCUCUGUUUCCAUGGUACCCGACCAGCCUGGUGUCCCCGGCCGGCGCCGCUGGUUGCAUGUCCAUCCAGAGUGGAACCUGAGAAACGGUUCUGCCCUGCAGGCCCGACUGGAGAAGAGAAGUCAUGCAUGUCAUUCCAGGCGGAGAGUUUCUGUCCUGUGUUCCAGAGAAGGAUGUGGUGUGCGUCCAGCACUGAGUCUCCAUCCCCACAGGAAGAAACGGAUCCUGGGGGGCCGGGUGUCACGGCGGGGGGCGUGGCCAUGGCAGUGCUCGCUGCAGAGCGGUCAGAGCGGACAUGUCUGCGGCUGUGUCCUCAUCGCCCGUCAGUGGGCUCUGACCGUGGCUCACUGCUUUGAGGGGAGGGAGAACGCAGAGCUGUGGAAGGUGGUUCUGGGUCUGACCAACCUGGACCAUCCCGGCGCUCACAGUCAGACCCGAAGCGUUCGCUCCAUCAUCGUCCACCCGCGUUACAACAGAGCGGUGGUGGACUACGACAUCAGCGUGGUUCAGCUGGACUCUGAGGUGGAGGAGACGGCUCACAUCAGACCGGUGUGUCUGCCUCGGCUCGGUCAGCUGCCCUCCCCAGACUCCUACUGUUACAUCACCGGCUGGGGUCACAUGGGCAACAGGAUGCCCUUCAAGCUCCAGGAGGGGGAGGUCCGUAUCAUCUCCAUGUCUCAGUGUCAGUCGUACUUUGACAUGAAAACUAUAACUCCCAGGAUGCUUUGUGCUGGCUAUGAAGCUGGAACUGUGGACUCCUGCAUGGGCGACAGCGGCGGCCCGUUGGUGUGUGAGGAGCAGGACGGCCUCCACUGGACGCUGUUCGGCCUGACGUCCUGGGGCAGCGUGUGCUUCAGCAAAGUUCUUGGACCUGGAGUCUACAGUAACGUGACCCACUUCACCCCCUGGAUCCAACAGCAGAUCUACAUCCACACCUACCUGACCGACUGACACUCCCACACAGGCUUCUCGCUCCGAACGCUGAGUCAUUCCAGGAGGAAGUGAUGUCACUGUUAGUAUCAACACACCCUCAGUUCCUUUAACUGUGCCUAAAACUUCAGAGAGAACCUUGCGACGGUACCUGCUGCAGGUAGAUGAGUAGGAGUGUGAAGAACCUCUGAGACUGGAUGUUGGUUCAGAAACAUGAACAGAAAUCUGGGACGUUGGACCACUUUACAGAAACUCUGCAGAUGUUUAAAGUCGUGUUAAAUGAAGAAAAGUAGAAAAAUCUCCUUUUAUCAGCUAACAGGUUCUCCUGGGACCCAUAUGGGGUUAGCUAAAGGCUGGAUGGGUCCUGACAGGGACUGGACUCACUAUAGGAUUCUUGAAUAGGACCCAGCUGGGUUCACUAAAUAUAACCAGACUGACAGAACCAGUUGGGCCCCCUAUUUAGGUUUUGGUCGGGUCCCAGAUAAUUUCCAAUCCAUAUGGGCCCCAUGAGUAAAUGUUGGCUGGGAUAGUAGACAAAGACACAUUUCCUCAGUUACACUGAAAGUCAUUUUUUAAAUUAAGAGUGAUUUGCUAAAUCAAACUGAACUCUUUCAGUUUUAUUAUAUUGGUGUCCUGAAUAUUAAUUAUGAUUUCUAUUAAUUGUAUCUUUUUAGUUUUAGUAUUUAGUAUUUUUUCAAGUCUUAGACAAAAACACAGUCACAGCGGAUCCUGACAUCUUUCUAGUUUUCAGAUUUGCUCAAAGCAUAAAUCAAAUCAUAACUGUCCUGAAAACUACAAUUUAAACCAAAAUCUUUGGUCUACAUUAUUAAUUAAUUUAAUCUUUUUAAGCUAAUAAAAGAAAAUGUUCCUGUUUAACCAGAGGUUAGAUGGAAGGCGUUCCUGUUUAUGGAGGAGUUUAACAACUCUAAGCUUAAUUUCUGUUAAAUCUGAAACUGCUUCAAUUAUCAUAGAAACAAGAAUCAACUUCCUGUGUUUUCUUGAAAUGUUCCUGUAAUUUUCUCCAUUUCAGCUUCUGUUCACUCUUACCUUUAUUUGAAGUAUAGAUUUAAAACUUGGAAUUCAUUUAAUUUCUUAACAUAUUGUUUCUCUAAUUAUCGGUUAUAUGUUGUCCCAACACCGAUGCUUUCAGUCAGCGCCUAAACCAGCCGAGGACUCAACAUCCCACAAUGCUUCACUCUGUGGUGCCUCAGCAGUUAAAAACAAAGGUGUUGGCUGUGGUUCACUGAUGGAGUGUCAGUGUGUGGUUGUGGUGAGGAAGAGGAGUUUUCUGCUUUAAGUUCAGAGCUGGUUGUGUUUGAGUCAUAAAAACAGUCCUGAAAUAAAAACAUAAAAUUUAUAAUCUUCAAAUCUUUUAUUUAAAAUCCUGUGAUAGAGUAGAUGUGCAUUAAUUAUUACAUAAAGAUCAAGGCUGAGACUGAAGUCAGACAUGAAAAAUGUUGAACAAAGGAAUAUUUACACACUGUUACAAAACUAUGUUAUUUUAAUAAAUAUGGUUCAUCUCGUCAUCUAAAAUGUUUCUACGUUUAAACUGCUGCUUAUCAGUAACCAUAGUAAAAUAUUGUACAUAUGGAACAAAAUGUAAUCUAACCGUAAUUAACUAAUUAUCUAAACUUAUCAGCUAAACAAUAUUUUCUGUGUUUCACGUAGAAACAUGAAUUUAUCCUGCAGACUGUCAUGAACAACAUGAGCUAACGUUUAGCUAGCUAUAACGUGAAGCAGAAAUGUAGCGUUCAUGUUUUAUAUGUGAGGACGGUUAGCUCCGUUAGCUUUAGCUGUGUUGUUGUAGCUCUUCUAAGACCAGCAGAGCCUGGUUUUAGUCAUUGUGUUUUAGCUAAACUUUAAUGUGUCCACAAACAAACAACGAUUCAAUGAAAACUCCUCUCCUGGACGGGAGAAACUGUUAGCAUUUAAUGCUAACUAGCUCCAGGCUAACGAUUUGAUUUUGCAUGAAAAAGUGACACAAACUCAUCUUCGAAUGUUAAUUUAAAACAUCCUCUUACUUCAUAAAAACAUGGAAGCUAUAAAAUCUUAAAACAGCACAAUUUAAUAAUGAUUUCUGACACAAAUUAACUCCAAAAGAGGAGAUUAGAGUGUUUAGCUGGGUGAUAUGUGAGAACCGACUGUCAACCAAAAUCAUUAAUCUGCUGUUAAAAUGAUCAUUUUAGCCUUAAAUAUUAGGGUAAAAACUUAAUUCCAUAAAUACUGUAAACGCACGUCUGCUGUAAACAUGUUGCAGUAAAGCAGCUGCUCUCCUGAACCCAAAGUACGACAGUUUGGUCUUAAGAUUUAUGUUCAAACGCAUGAAAGUAGUUUAACUGCUGCUGAAUGAGAGGAAGUGUAGUUUCUCCAUGUUCUUCCCUCCAUGCACUCCUGGACACCUGAAGAGUCGGUGUUUUACUGAAGACAUGCUUUCAUUUCUGGACACUUGAAGCCUUUGUUUCUAUGAGGUUUGCUGAAAGUUUUGCCCAUCAGGUUCGCCCGUUGCUGAGGCCCAACAUCCAGAACAUUCCACCUGUCUGCUGCCGUUCGGCUUUCUAAGAGUAUUUUUCUACAGCUUUUUGUACGCUGGGCCUUUCACUGGGCUGUUGGUGUGUGAGUGUGUGAGAGAACAUGCAGUCAUGUGUUCAGGUUGUGUCUACGUCUCGUUUAGUUUAGCUCUGAUCACUUUGUUGCCGUGACGAUCAGUUGCUGAAAUGUUUGAUGGACUGUAGCCUCUGAUGUUCUGUGUAAACGGUGAAUAUUUAGUUUGUAUAACUCCAAUAAACCUGUCCAUACCCCACA